UCUGCUUGCGAUGGCCGCGGUGGACAGUUUCUCCCUGUUGAUGCGGGAGAUUGGACGGUCCUACCACUACUGCAUGGAGAUGCUAGCGGUUGUAGGAGCCUUCUACACAAGCAAAGUGUGCAUCACCAUUUUGAGUGACACCUAUGUGCUGAUUAGGGUGCAUUUUGUUCCCCGGAUCUUUGGCCGGCCUGACUUAAGCAAGCGGUAUGGAAAAUGGGCUGUGGUCACAGGAGCAGCCUCGGGCAUCGGUCUUUCCUACGCUAAGGAGCUGGCCAGUUGUGGAGUUGAUCUCAUCUUGAUUAGCCGGAACCGGGAUGAAUUAGAAGCUUCUGCUAAAGAGAUCAUGGAGACUUACAACAUCAGCACCAUGACUGUCGUGACGGAUUUUAGCAGGGGCCGCGAGGCCUAUCCGGUCAUUAAGAAGGUUCUGGAAGGCAAAGAGAUCGGCGUCUUGGUCAACAAUGUCGGGCUGCUUAACCCUCUGCCCGAUUCCUUCACCAAUUUGACGGAGGCUCAGAUUUGGGAGUUCAUCAAUGUAAACAUUGGAGCCGCCAACAUGAUGGCGCACCUGGUGUUGCCGGGCAUGGUGCAUAGGAAGAAGGGGGCCAUUGUCAACAUUUCUUCUAUCAGCUGCUGCUAUCCCUGCCCCCGGUACACAGCAUAUUCGGCCUCCAAGACUUACCUGGAUCACUUCAGCAGAUCCCUUCACUAUGAAUAUGCCUCUCAGGGCAUUUUCAUUCAGAGCUUAAUUCCGUUCUUCGUUUGCCCCAACGUGACAAAGCUGAGUAGCAACCUCUCCAAAAUGAGCUUUUUCGUGCCUUCUCCGGAUGAGUAUGCUUGUCACGCAAUCACCACCCUCGGAGUCUCCCGAAGGACGACAGGAUAUUGGCCACAUACCCUCUUGAUGAUUUUAGCAAGAUUUGUCCCUGAAUGGUUCUGGGCUUGGAUGAUACCCAGAAUAAAAUAUUGCCAGAAGUCACUUUGAAAAAAAAAAUGUCUAUGAAGAUCUCGCCUUGAGUACCGAUAACAUCUGGAAGUUUAGAUGGACCAUAGCUACAAAAUCCUGACUUCUUCACACAGGUCCCUUUCUUGCUUGCGUUAUUUGUUUGAAAUCAUGUACUUGAGACUUGAAGGAAGUUUAGCUUGGACGUAGCUGAAAAAAAAAACACUUGAAACAAAUUUUUUAGAGAACUGGCAUAGUAUCCUCUAUCCUGGGCAUCAUUAUGUAGAGUUCUUUGUGGCUCCUCAGUGAAAGACAGAAGAAACCUGUGGAUGACGGAGGAAUGGAGUUGUUGAAGAACUUGGGUUCCAGAAGAGCAAAAAUGAAAGAAAGAUCUGCCGAUAGGGCUUGUAGAUCAACUUUCUCCAACCUUGUGCACUGGGCUACAACGCCAACUGAAUUAUCUCUGAUGGGAGUUUGUUGCAACAUUACCCUCAAGGCUACCCCAGGAUACAACUGUUCAAUGGAGAUGUCCUUCUUCAAAUCAGGGCCAUCUUGUGCUUUAUCAGGAAAUUGUUGUAUGUAUGGUGUCUACUUUGGAGUGGCCAGUGCUGUGGGGGACGUUAGGAUCUCGACUGACAUGGCUGUCUCUAGGGGGUAUUGGUGGCCCAGAAUCCUUGUCUUUUCAGCCUCACAAAAAGGCUAAGGGUUGCCAUACAGAUUUUUUGGCAAGUUCCCAAACUGUCCUGCUCCAGAGGUGCUAAUCUCUGGAAAGGAGACAAAUUCUGAGUUGUUCUGGAUUUUAAUUUUAUUGUGGUAAACAGGAUUAUUGUUUACAUUGUAGUUGCAGAUGAAGUUUUU